AUGUUGAUGUUGACUGUUACUCUGAGUUACAAACAGACAGACAGUCACACACAGACCAUACCACUCGUUAUCACUACACUGUACACCAUGCGUUCCUCUGCUUCUGUCGUUUCUGCCGUUUUUUCCCUGGCCCUGCUGGCCUCCCAGGCGGUCGCCACCCCUCCAGCGUGUCUGCUGGCCUGUGUUGCACAGGUGACCAAGGCAUCCUCGACCUGUUCCUCUUUGAACCAGGUUGGGUGUGUCUGCUCCAAGGAGGCCGACCAGGUCAAACAGUGUCUGGACAGCAUCUGCCCAUCCGGUGACGCUGACGCUGCCUACAGCGCCUUCCAGAGCUCGUGUUCUGAACAGGGGGCCAGUCUAGGUGGGUCCUCCGCUCACUCUUCCAAGGCUGUUUCUUCUGCCACCUCUACUUCUGCCUCGUCUUCUUCUUCUGAGACCGCUGCCACCACCACCUCUACUUCUUCUUCUAAGGCUGCUUCAUCUUCUUCUGAAACUGCUGCUACCACCUCUACUUCUUCUUCUGCCCCAUCUUCUUCUGCUGCUGCGUCCACCACAGUCUCCGUCUCCAGUGCUAAGCCAACUACUGCUUUGACAAAGUCCUCCACACAGGCCUCCAGCACCAUCAGUGUCUCUCAGAUCCACUCAGGUGCAGGUAACUUGUUGCAAUCUGGUAACUCGUUCGCCAUUGCUGCCAUCGCCGCUUUGUUGAUCUGA